CCUAAAUGCCUUUUUCUAUUAUAAUACAGGUGAUUAAAAAAAUAGAAAAAUAUGAAUUUUGAGCCUGGUGAGAUAGUGAUGCCAGGUGAUGUCCUUGUCGACCUUGACAUUACUCCUAGUGAGUCACGGUUCAUCAUAGGGCCUGGUCUGAGGAGAGAGGACAAUAAGAUCUUGGCUUCCAAGAGUGGCAUCCUCCAAAAGAAAGAACCUCACAUAUUCUGGGUCAAUUCUAAGGAAAGAAGGUAUGUCCCUGUACGUGGAGAUGCCAUAAUAGGGAUCAUCAUACAGAAGGGUGCUGAUACCUACAGAGUGGACAUUGGGGCAAGUGAACCGGCAUCUCUGUCUGUUCUGGCCUUUGAGGGUGCAACUAAGAAGACUAAGCCAAUCCUUCAGAUCGGUGACUUGGUCUAUGCCCGGCUCCUGGUGGCCAACAAAGACAUGGAGCCCGAGCUAGUGUGCAUGGACUCUGCAGGGAGGAAGCGAGGCCUGGGUCCCCUCGAAGAGGGUUUCCUCAUCACUUUGCCUCUCCACACUGCCAGAAGGUUGUUGUCCAGCGAUUGGCCCCUAUUGCACCUGCUGGGUCGAGAGAUCUCAUACGAAGCGGCAGUGGGACUGAACGGACGCGUGUGGAUCAAGGGCCGGACGAUCAAGGACACGUUGGCCGUGGCGACGGCACUCGAAACGAGCUCCGAGUGUCGUUCGGAGUCGGAGAUGCGGUGCCUGGUGGAGAGGAUCCUUGCAUGCAGAGCAGGUGUUGCUCAAGAAGACUGAGGCACCUGUUUAGUUUAAAAGUGAAAACUUGAAUGUGACUCAUCUCUUUAGUGAUGGCAGGGGGGGCUGACCUCGUUUCAUUUCACGAGUAAAUUUCAAAGGACUUCUUUGUCAUCUGAGAGGUCUUUACAUUUUUUCCCACACUGUGACUUGGUGUUUUUGGCGUG